ACCACACUGAGCAACUCCAGGUAUCAUUCUUUUGGGCCCCAUUUACCUGAGCACCUACUGGCAGGCUGGUUCGUCAGAGUCCUGGUUUUCUGCCCAACAGAGAUCCUUGCUGGGAGACAGCAUGUCCAAUUUUCCCUUGAGAAAAUCAUCUCCCACAAAAAAUGAUAUGAAAAGCACAUCUCAGGGGACCACAGUGAGGCAACAGGGAUUUCAUGAGGUGAACAAAAGAAGGACUUUCUUACAAGAUAGCAGCUGGAUAAAGAAACGUCCUGAAGAAGAAAAAGAUGAAAAUUAUGGUAGGGCGGUGCUCAACCGACACAACUCUCAUGAUGCCUUGGACAGGAAGAUAAAUGAGAGAGAUGAGCCAAAAGCCACACUGAGUCGGUACAGAUCUGAUGACACUUUGGACAGGAAGAAAGGGCUCAUCUCUACAGAGAAAAGGAGCAUUUCCACGUUUAAACCACCAGAAGCAACUAAGCCGCAGCCCAGCAGUCUGUUGAGUGCAAACAUCGCCACUACCACAUCCUCGCCCUCUGCUAUCACCCCUGUAAAGAAAAAGAGACAGUCCUGGUUUCCUCCUCCUCCUCCUGGUGAUAAUGCCACCCACAGCACAGGAGCCAGCAGAAGGGAACCAGCUACUCACCCUCCAAUACCACCAAAGCCAAGUGCUUCUGUUUAUUCUCCUAACCAACAGAGACGGGAUAAUAGGCAGAUAUGUCCACCUAAACUAGCCACCUCUGCAGAAACCAAUAGAUCUGCUGAAAGAAAUAUAAGGAGUCAGGAUCUUGAUAACAUUGUCAAAAUGGCCACGUCCCUUCAGAAAACCGACAAAGGUGAAGAAUUGGAUAAUCUCAUCAAAAUGAACAAAAGCUUGAAUAGAAAUCAAGGUCUCGAUGGUCUCUUCAGAGCAAAUCCAAAGGUGGAGCAAACAGAGAAAAGAGCCAAAAGCCUUGAAAGUCUCAUCUUUAUGACUACUCCAAUUGACAAAGAUGGCAAAAGAAAUCAGACUCUUGACAAUUUCAUUAAAGAAAAUCCCAGAACACUCAGCAGUGACAAAGGCCAAGAUCCUGAAUCCAUUGUCAAAGCGAAUGUCGGGACCAAUAAGAUCAGCAGAGGCAGUAAAGACUUUGAUAAUGUUAUCAAAGUGAAUCCCAAAGGAAAUGAAAGUACCACUAGAAAACAAGACCCUGAUGGACUUACUAAAGUGAAUCCUGAAACAAAUAAAAAUAUCAAGAGGGGCCAGAGCCUUGACAAUCUCAUCAAAGUGACCUCUGAAGUAAACAGAAGCAACCAAGGGUCUGGAAAUCUUAACAACCUCAUCAAAGUGAAUCCAGGAACAGGAAAAAGUGUACAAUGGGAUCAAAGUCUUGACAGUCUCAUCAAAGUGGCUCCUGAAACAAACAGAACAAAACAACAAGGAAACGAAGACCUGGAGAAUCUUACCAGAGUGAUCCCCUCACCAAACAAAAGCUGUGAAAAAACUCUUGAUGAACCCAGUAAUGUAAGCCUCAAAGCUGCCAUAAACACUGCUGGAAACCAUGAUCUUGAUAAACUCAUCAAGGUGAAUCCUGAAAUUCUUGCAACCAACGAAAGAAACCAAUAUCUGGAUAACCUCAUCAAAGUGAAUCCUGCAGUAAUCAGAAGCAAUCAGAGCUCAGAGUUGGACAAUUUCAUUAAAGUGAAACCUUCAGCUCUCAGAAACACUAGUCGAGAUCAAGACCUGGCAAAUGUAAUUGAGGUAAAUUCUCAUGUGUCUGAAAAUAAGAAUGGAAGACUGGAUGGCCAACUCAAUGGAUUCACCGGAGCUCCGUGCAACCAGUCCACAAGGACCACUACUUAUUCUUAUGAAUCCAGGAACAAUUUCAGCUCCAGUGCUGGAACCAGGAGUGCCGGGCCGAAGGAUACUGUUGUGUAUACAAGGACGUAUGUGGAGAAUAGUAAAUCACCAAAGGAUGGCUAUCAGGAGAUUAUCUCUGGGAAAUACAUACAGACUGUGUAUUCCACUUCAGAUAGGUCUGUCAUUGAAAGAGAUAUGUGCACUUACUGCCGUAAACCCUUGGGUACAGAAACGAAAAUGAUUUUAGAUGAGUUACAAAUUUGCUGCCAUUCCACUUGCUUUAAGUGUGAAAUAUGCAAAAAGCCUUUGGAAAAUCUACAGGCAGGUGACAGUAUUUGGAUUUACAGACAGACAAUACAUUGUCAACCUUGCUACUCUAAAGUUAUGGCAAAGUGGAUUCAAUAAUUCUUGCAUGUGGAAAUCAAGAUGAAAAGCAUUCAUUAAGGAAUUAAUAAGUUUAAUUUUAAGAAUAUAUAAUCCAGAAAAGCUUUUACACUGAAGAUUUAUAUAAAAUUAAUGAUUCUGCUAUUACAUAAAUAAUCUAAUUGCCUGCAAUAAGGUCAUAAACAUAAAAAAAAAUCUGACUAGAUUUAGUGAUAAAAAAUUUGUGUGGUUCCAGUUGCUAAUGUCAAAAGAAUGAGCUUCUCAUGGCAGUUAGUACUGUCGGCCCUAGCCAGGUCGAUCCCUGCUCUACACGUGGGUUGUGCAUCGUGAUUUCCAUUGCAGCCACACUUCUCACGUUCUCACCUUUGUCUUCCUGAAAUGAAUUCACAGAUAUUGACAUACUGACAAAAGAAAUGCCAAUUAAGAUUUCCAUAUGAAGCUUUGAACAAAGAUGCUAACAUUAAAAAGUUGUAUGGACUUCAGAAGAUAAGUUAAAAUUUCCAGAUCCCUGAGCCAUAAUUUAUAACAAGAGGGACAUUGAACACAAUGAUUCCGACAGUCUCUUUGUUCCUCCAAUUUUCUGAUUCUAAAGCAAGUUUGAGUUUGCUUAUGUGUAUGCUAAGCAUUUUGCAAUAGAACAUAGAAACAAUUUAAUCUCAAUGUCAUCCUUCAGCUUAUCACAGGCAUGGUUUUUAUAGCCUGCAUUUAAAAAGAUAAAUAAAUUUGUGGGUAAUAGGUAAAAUCAUAUGGCAUUAAUAAAUUGUUUACAUAUUAUAAUUCAUUAAAUUUUCUUUGCAUGUAUUUGAA